ACCACCAUCAUCAGAAGACAGAGCGACAACAACAGCCAUGAGUCGGAAUUCCUCUGUUAAGAUCCCAAGGGGACAGCAAGAAGAUCUCUCGCAGCAAUUCGCAGUUCUCACGGGGUCGUCACCGAAAGAAGCAAUGUCCUUCCUCAAGAAGUAUAAUUGGAAUAUCAACACCGCUGUCGAUGCGUGGUUUACCGUUCCAGCGCACGGGAGUCUACCGAGCGCGCAGAAGCUCGGGCAGGUGUUCGACAAGUACAAAGACGCCUCGGAUAGGAUUGGCAUAGACGGCACGAUCAAGCUAUGCGAGGACCUUGAUGUAUCCCCGGAGGACGUGGUGCUCCUUGCUAUAGCACACGAAUGCAAGUGCCCCGGUGUAGGCGAGUUCACGCGCGACGGGUGGAUAGGCGGUCUCCAGUCCCUCGGUUGCGAGUCGGUCGAUGCGCUCAAGCGUCUUCUCCCCUCUCUGCGCCAGAGGCUUCUAUCAGACCCAGUAUACUUCAAAGCGGUCUACUUCUCCACUUUUGGGUUUGCAAAACCCCCCGAUUCCCGCGUCCUCCCUCUCGACAGCGCGCUCGCCUACCAGGCACUAUUGGUCCCCCCUGCACUGCAGUUAGGCCAGAAAGGCGCACUGGCUAGCGAGCGCCCUCCGGGGUUUGGGAUGCGCGAAUGGGCCUGGUGGGAGGAGUUCUUGGGCAAGAGCAGCGUCAAGGCUAUGACUAAGGAUGUGUGGAAUAACUUCAUAGACUUCGUCAGACAGAUUGAUAGCGAGUUCAAGAUGCAUGAUCUGGAGGCGGCUUGGCCUUCUGUGAUCGACGAGUUUGUAGAGUUUGCAAAGGGGAAAGUGGCUGCGAUGGAGAAAUGAACGAGACAUCGGCGUGUACUGGGCAUGUAUUAGAAGCGAUUGGAUUACAAGCUACAAAUUGAUUCGUUG